AGGAAAGACCGAGAGAGAGUUGGAGAGGAAUUUAAUACUGACAUUUCAUUGUAAGUCAGGUAGAGACAGAAAAUAGUAACUGAAAGUAAAGGUAAAGUAAAACUAGAGGGGUUGUUUGGUUUGUAGAGUCAGUCAGGUUACAGAAGCAACUCAACGAGACUUUAAUCAGUGCAGGUUGAUCAUUUUGUCUCCUUUUGAUCCAUGCGGCCUUCACAGACUGAACACCUCUACUGACCACACCUCCUGCAGUGAUGGAGAAGCAGGUCCAGGACCUGAAGCAUCAGCUAGAAAAGCAGUGUCUGAUCAACCAAGAACUGCAGAGGCAAAACAAAGACUUGGAACAACGUCUAAGAGAGAAAGAUAGGCUUUUACAAGAGCUGCACAGUCAAUAUCAUGAUCUCGAGUGUCCCUCCCUGAGCAGCAGCGAGGGUGAACCUGAAUUCAGAAAGAGUCGCGCGGCUGUCUUCGCCCCCGAACCGAUUCACGAAGCUGUGGAGAUCUCACGCAACAAAGUCAAGAAGACGGUCAGCGAGACCAGUCUGAUUGUCAAAGCCAUCCAGAAGAACGACUUCCUGAGCCGCCUYGAUGAUGAGCAGAUAGCCAUGAUGGUGGACCUUUUAAAGGCUUCUCAGUGCAAACCUGGGGAGGAGGUCAUCAGCGAGGGGUCUGAAGGAGACAGCAUGUACAUUGUUGCAGGCGGCGAGCUGAUUGUCACCCAGGCUGGCCGGGACCUCCGGACUCUCACCAAGGGAGAUGUUUUCGGAGAGUUGGCCAUCCUGUACAACUGCAAACGAACAGCAACAGUCAGAGCAAAGACCCUUGUUCAUCUGUGGUGUAUGGAGCGACAGACCUACAGAACUAUUAUUACCAACAAGUCCAAGAAGAAACGGGAGCAGCUCAUGGGCUUCCUGAAGACGUCUCACACUCUGAAGGACUUAAACGAUAUGCAGUUGUCAAAGAUUAUCGACUCUAUGGAGGAGGUAAAAUUUCAGGACCAAGAAGUGAUAGUCCGUGAAGGAACAGAAGGAAACACGUUCUACAUCAUCCUCAAAGGCGAGGUGCUGGUGACCAAGAAUGUGAACGGACAUCAAAAGAUGAUUCGCAGGAUGGGAAAAGGGGAGCACUUCGGGGAGCAGGCGCUCAUACGGGAGAUCCUGAGGACUGCCACCUGCACUGCUGACGGCCCUGUUACAUGCUUCUCCAUAGACAAGGAGGUUUUUGAAGAGACAAUCCCCGUGGAGCACCUGGAACUGUUCGACGACUCCAAAGUGAUGCAGGAGGCUCAAGCUCCAGAAAAGUCGAGUCUCAGCUCYUCUUUGAAGUUCAAGGAUCUGGUUCCAGUCUUUUAUCAGGAGGGGCGUCAUCAGGGGGAUCCCGUCACACUCGGAGUGGGAGGGUUUGGUCGUGUGCAGUUGAUGACCACAAUAACUCAUGGUAAAUACUACGCCAUGAAGCGAGUCAGCAAGAAGCAAAUCGUUGCAAAGAGACAAGAAGAGCACAUGCUGUUUGAGAAGAAGAUCCUCAAAGCGAUCCAGUGUGACUUCAUUGUCAAACUUUAUGCAGCUUUUAAAGACACGAGGUAUAUCUACAUGGUGAUGGAGUUCUGUGGAGGAGGAGAGAUCUGGACCAAACUUAAAGAAGUAGGGCGCUUCGAUGAGACGGUCACCGUGUUCUGCACCGCCUGUGUGGUGGAGGCCUUCGCCUACCUCCACAAGAAGAGCAUCAUGUACAGAGACCUGAAGCCGGAGAACCUGAUGCUGGACAUGAGAGGCUACAUCAAACUGGUCGACUUUGGUUUUGCGAAGGAGUUGAUGCGAGGCGAGAAAACGUACUCUUUUGUCGGCACUCCUGAGUACAUGGCUCCAGAGAUUAUCAAGAACCAGGGCCACGACUUUGCAGUUGACUUUUGGUCCCUGGGCAUCCUGAUCUUUGAACUUUUGGUGGGAAGCCCACCGUUUUCAAGCUCAGAGCCCCAUAAGAUUUACACCAAAAUCUUGGACGGGGUGCUAAAGUAUCCACCUUACAUGAGUGAGGCAUCCAAGUCCAUCAUCAGUAAACUGUGCAGACCUCGGCCUGGUCAGAGGUUAGGGAACACYAAGAAUGGGAUCAAAGACAUCCGGCAUCACAGGUGGUUCAGCAAUAUGAACUGGCACAAGCUGCGCAUGGGUCAGCUUGACGCUCCAACAGUCCGACUCAUACGCAAGGGUCCCAGCUACAUCAACUUUGAUCAGUUUCCUCAGGACCACACGAAGGCGGAUGAGGAGCUCUCCGGCUGGGACCGUGACUUCUGACUCUCCCGUUUGGGGUUCUAAAAUCAAAGACACAGCUUUUGCCAAACAGCAUUUUAAACUGUUCUUCACACCAGUUAAUAGUGAAACUGCAGGGAGGCCCUUUAACAAUAUGUCCUGACGUUCCUCCUCRCUACUCUGAAACACGCAGCAGGUGUUGAGACGCGCUGUGAGGAGAGUGUGUCCCUGACAACGAAGUGUUAAAUUCACAUAACACUCUUCAGUGAUCCUCAAAACCCCACUCAGCAGGUGAAAACUGAGAACAAAUGUUUUUAGCAUAAAAAUAUUCUCGUGUGUGUUUUUUAUGUUCCUUGUUCUUUUGGAUGAAAAUGCAGGAUAUGAAAAAGCUGCCUGAUGCUUUAAUAGUCAUAAAGUUGUUUAUUAUAAACUCUCUUAUUUUUUUUCUUCAUGUUUUGAUAAAAGUGUCAUAAAUCAUCCUG